AUGACCCAUUUACAAACUGGACUUAGUCCAGAGACUAUAGAGAAAGCCCGUCUGGAACUGAAUGAAAACCCAGACGUUUUGCAUCAGGAUAUCCAACAAGUCAGGGACAUGAUUAUCACCAGGCCUGACAUUGGGUUUUUACGUACAGAUGAUGCCUUCAUCUUGAGAUUUCUCCGAGCCAGAAAGUUUCACCAAACAGAUGCCUUCAGACUGCUGGCCCAGUACUUCCAGUACCGCCAGUUAAACCUGGAUAUGUUCAAGAACUUCAAGGCUGAUGAUCCUGGGAUCAAACGGGCUCUGAUUGAUGGAUUUCCUGGAGUGCUGGAAAAACGUGAUCACUACGGCAGGAAGAUUCUUCUGCUUUUUGCAGCUAACUGGGAUCAGAGUAGGAACUCCUUCACAGAUAUUCUACGGGCUAUUCUGUUGUCCUUGGAAGUUCUCAUUGAAGAUCAAGAGCUUCAGAUAAACGGCUUCAUUUUAAUUAUAGACUGGAGCAAUUUCUCCUUCAAGCAAGCCUCCAAGCUAACACCGUCCAUCCUCAAACUGGCCAUUGAAGGGUUACAGGACAGCUUUCCUGCUCGCUUUGGAGGAGUCCAUUUUGUCAACCAGCCCUGGUACAUCCAUGCCCUGUACACGCUAAUCAAACCAUUCCUCAAAGACAAGACAAGGAAAAGGAUCUUUCUCCAUGGUAACAAUCUGAACAGCCUUCACCAGCUAAUACACCCGGAAUGCCUGCCCUCUGAAUUUGGAGGUACACUUCCUCCUUAUGACAUGGGAACUUGGGCUCGGACAUUACUUGGUCCUGACUACAGUGAUGAAAACGAAUACACUCACACUUCCUACAACGCGAUGCACGUGAAGCACUCAUCCUCCAACCUAGAGAGGGGGUGCUCACCAAAACACAUGACAAGGUCUCAGUCUGUAGUGGAACCUGGCACGCUGAAACAUGAGGAACUGGGUGAGAGCGAGAACACCCAACUUCUACUGGCUCUAGACUGA